CAGCAAAAGGACAACUUUAUCUCUAACUUAUUUGGCUUCGUAAUUUGGCUUUCAAUUAAGUUAACUAUAUGAAAACAUACAGAAAUUGCCUGUUAACUGUAAUAUAGAGACUUAAAUAAUUUGAUCAACAGGUUACAGAUGAAAACUCAGUUUCUCUCUCAAAGGCAAGACUCCAACACCGCAGGUGGAAAAGCAACAAAAGGAACAAGACAAAGGAGGAAAGGCAAGAUGAAGGACCGACUUCAAGAACUAAAGCAGCGAACAAAGGAACUUGAACUCUCUAGAGACAGGCAUGUGUCAACUGCAGAAGCAGAGGAACAAGGAAUGAUUCUGCAGCAAGCAGUUAUUUAUGAAAGAGAGCCUGUAGCUGAAAGACACCUACAUGAGAUCCAAACACUACAGGAGAGUAUUAACAAUUUGACAGACGAUGUUCAAAAAUUUGGGCAGCAACAGAAAAGUCUGGUGGCUUCAAUGAGAAGGUUUAGUCUACUUAAGAAAGAGUCGAGCAUUGCAAAGGAGAUAAAAAUUCAAGCAGAACACGUUAAGAGAGGUUUGGAUGAUUUAGUAAAAGAAGCUAAAAAAUCAGAGGCUGAAAAUGGUCCAUCAUCAGUGGUCACAAGGAUACUUCAAUCUCAGCAUGCUGCCAUGUUCCGCCAUUUUCAACAAACAAUGUUGAUAUACAAUGACACGAUAGCAGCAAAGCAAGAGAAGUGCAAGACAUUUAUUCUCCGUCAGCUUGAAGUGGCUGGAAAGGAAGUACCUGAAGAAGAAGUAGAGGACAUGCUCCAACAAGGAAAAUGGGAAGUUUUUAAUGAAAGCUUGCUGGCAGAAACCAAUAUCACUAAAGCACAACUCUCAGAGAUUGAACAGAGACACAGAGAACUUGUCAACUUGGAGAAUCAAGUAAAGGACUUAAGGGAGCUUUUCAUUCAGAUAUCUCUUUUAGUAGAGGAACAAGGUGAAAGCAUCAACAAUAUUGAAAUGAUAGUGAAUGGUACAAAAGAGUAUGUUAACACUACUAAAGAGAAAUUUGGACUAGCUGUAAAAUACAGAAAAAGAAAUCCUUGCAGGGUACUGUGUUGUUGGUGUUGUCCAUGCUGUAGCUCCAAAUAAAGAAGCUGUU